AUGGCAGACAUGGACCUUGAACAUUCAGGAUUGCAGGAAGUAGCAAAUGCUAUGCGAGAAGAGAAUGCUAAUAUGAGCAACACUACACAAAAGCGGAAGCGGGACUCCGAAUCAGCUGAUGACACGAGGCGACUUAACAACAAGCGUGUUUCCCCGAAUUCUGGUAAUGACCCCGAUGACCAAUCGUUGGUCAAUCAGCAGAUCGGUGAUGUAGAAGCCCUGCAAAAUUAUGCCAACCUUCAACACAACCAGCAAAUUCAUCCCGACCAUCAAAAUGGUGCCGCAGAUCAUGCCAACGCCUCUUCUACUGCCGCUGCGGCACUUGCUGGAAUCUAUCCAACCAUGACCAUUCCACAACCAACAGAUGUCUCUUUUGCUUCUCAAGCAUCGGAGAACGAUCGCCACCAGGAUACAUCUUUCAUGGAUAACAGCCAGCAACCGGACAACAGCUUCAUGGAUAAUUCGCAACAGCAACACCAACCGCAAAAUCGAAGUUCUGGUUCAAAGCCUGUUGUGGGUUCUGAUGAAUGGCAUAAGGUCCGAAAGGACAACCACAAAGAAGUUGAGAGGCGCCGCCGAGAAACCAUCAAUGAAGGCAUCAAUGAGUUAGCCAAGAUUGUACCAGGGUGUGAGAAGAACAAAGGAUCGAUCUUACAGAGAGCUGUUCAAUUCAUCACCCAACUCAAGGAGAACGAGACUCAAAACAUUGAGAAAUGGACACUCGAGAAGCUUCUGACUGAACAAGCCAUUGCAGAGCUCAGUGCAAGCAAUGACAAGUUGAAGACGGAAUGUGAGAGAGCCUGGCGAGAGGUUGAGACAUGGAAGAAGACAUGUCAGAGUGCUGGAUUGGCACCCAAGAAGGAAGAUGCAGGUCCUUCAGAUAACUAG